GCGGAGGAAGUGAAGAACUACCAGCAGCCGCCGCGCCACCACUGAUUCACGGCAGGAAUGGGCAGCAUCAGGAGCAGCUCCGUUCAUCGUUUCACUACAUGUCUCAUUGGCUUUUCCCUUCUCAUGGCCAUCCAUUCUGAAAAUCGAGAUGGUGAAGUUGAUAAUGAACAUGAAUUUUCAUAUUUGAAGAAUUCUUCAAAAGGAACAGAACACUGGGGAAGUCUCAAAGAAGAAUGGAAAUUAUGUUCAAUUGGAAAUUUCCAAUCCCCAAUCAAUAUUAUCAAGAAAAGAGUUAUGGUUUCAUCUCAAAUAGGGAAAUUGAGAAGAAACUAUAGACCAGCUCUUGCUGUAUUAAGGAAUAGAGGACAUGACAUCAUGGUUGAAUGGAAUAGAUAUGCCGGGAGCGUACAUCUCAGUGACAACAAGUAUGAUUUAGUACAGUGUCAUUGGCACACGCCUUCUGAACAUACGCUCGGAGGACGAAGGUACGACAUGGAACUGCUAUAUGGUCCAUAGAAGCUCCGAAGGACAGUUUGUUGUAAUUGCUAUUCUAUAUCAUUUAGGACGUUCUGAUCAUUUUCUCGACAAGGUCAGUGGUAAGGGGUAUAAUCGUCAUCUUGCAAUAA